AUGACACCUACUGUGAGACCUAAACGGCAGAUCAGCCGACCCAGCAGAUUUGAGGGGUUUGAAGUAAGUUACGCUGGAGCUUCUCCUGGAAACAGACUUCAGUGGAAUCUCCCGCCACCCCUAAGCAGAAGACUAGAUCCUGAACUGCAGCACAGCCAAAGCCAGCCUACUUCAUUCUCUCCCCCCUCUAGCUAUAAGAGAGAUAUCCCCCACGGUACCCCCUUCCUGUCGAGACCAAUAAGAAGAGAUCCCUGCACUGAACCUAUAACUCCCUAUUUUCAGGAAUCCCCAUCAGCCUUGUCUCUGCAUGCAGAACUUAGAGCAACCCAUGAAGAGAGAAGACAGCUGCUUCAAGCACAGACGGAGUUGAAAGAUGGUUUGAAGGAGCUGAAUGAAGCGAGGACUGAAAUUAAAGCUCUAAUCGAAGCCACAAACGCCUUGCGAAUGGACAUGAAUCAGUUAGCUGCACCACAACAUUCCUCUCAUACCCCCUCACAAGAUAGCAUAGACAGACCUAGAAGCCAUUUUCCUACUAUCGAUUUGAAAGAAGAAGAAGAAGAGUGGCCUGACCCUCCACCAUGGCCAGAACCUGAGGACCAAAACAGUGGCUUAUAUGACCUCAAACCCAUGGAUCAAGAUUUUCAACCAAUCCAGCGAUCUUCCCCUUUCAAAGGUGCAUCCCCUUCACACUACAAGCCUGCCCAGCUUACCCAGAAUACGGCCCAGUUUGAGGCUCCUGCUAAGGAGAGUGAGGUAAUGCAUCCUACAUUUGCACCUUACCUGGCAUCCUCUUCCCACCCAGCUCCAACCAAUUUAGACUUCUUUUCUGGAAAGCCCUCAGCUACCAAACAUUCCUUUACAGCUACAGGUGCCAGUCAUACGCAGCAACCCCGCUGCAGAGAUGAUAUUACCCCUACAGUUGAGGUAGUGUAUAGAGGACCUAAACCUACCAUACCAAAGUUUAUUCAUUCAGACCCCUGCGAGUUUGCAAGACUUCGCAUUGCACUUGAAAACUUGCUGCCCUCUAACGCUACAGAGCUGUUCAAAUAUCAAAUUCUUGUGGACAAUUUGAGACUAGAUGAAGCUAAGCUUAUUGCUGACGCUUAUCUUAACUCACCCAACCCUUACACCGACACCAUGGCUGCUCUUCAUGACAAAUUUGGACAACCACAUCAGCUUGCCCUAAAAAAGAUAGCAAGUGUUCUUGACGGUCCUGAAAUAAGGCGAGGUGAUCUAAUAGCUUUCCAGAAGUUCUCCCUCCAGGUGCAGUCCCUAGUAGGCCUGUUACAAACCUUAGGCCCGGAAGGACAAGUAGAACUUAACUGUGGGUCACAUGUAGCUCGACUCUUAGGUAAGCUACCUCCUGAGCAACGGGCUGACUUUCAAAAGCACCAGUUCAAACAGCCUGGGAAAUCCUACACCCUACAUGACCUCUCUGACUGGCUCCAUUAUGAAUCAUGGUGUCAGGGCUUUGACAGCCAGACCACAGGAAAGGGUGGUAGAGAGAGAAACAGCUCAAAGUAUGAAGGGCGAACUGGUAAACAAACAGUUACAGUGCUCCAUAACAUGAAAGGAUCUGUGAGAACUAGUUCGCUGACAUCUAAGGAAAGUGCAACAAAUGGAGCAAGCAAAAGAAAAGCUUUCUGCGCUUAUUGUGACAGCACUGAACACUAUUUCAGUCAGUGCAGUGAUGUUGCAAAGCUCUCUAAGGAACAAAUAAAGAACUGGAUUCAGGAAAACAAAAGAUGCUGGCGAUGUGCACGAUCUCACUUAGCUGCACAGUGCACGCUAAAGAAACCUUGUAGCCUCUGUCAAGGAAAACACCUACUGGCACUCCACGAGGUUAACACAAGAACCCAAAAGGCCAGUCAAGACGUAGCUGUGAGUGAGGAGAGCUGCCUAACCAGUUCAGCCACGGAUUUCUUCUACAUUGACAGACCAAGCAUUGGGAACCGUGUCAUGCUGAAGGUGGUACCUGUGUCCCUUAGCUCUGGAACACGAGCCCUAAAUACCUUUGCAAUACUUGAUGACGGAUCAGAGAGGACAAUGCUACUUCCUGGUGCAGCCAAAGCUCUUGGUCUGAGAGGCACCCCAGAGAACCUUCCUCUCCGUACAGUACGUCAGGACAUUCAGUUAUUGCAAGGUCACACUGUGUCCUUCAGACUCUCUUCAGCUACUGAACCUAGUUGCAGCUUCCAGAUUGAUGGGGCGUUUACCUCUAAUCGACUGACCUUAGCGGACCACACGUAUCCUGUUGAACAACUUCAAAGGAAGUUUGGGCACUUGCGUGGGAUUCCAGUACCUGCUCUAAAGGAUGCUAAGCCACUGCUCCUCAUUGGUUCAGACCAGCCUCAUUUGAUAACCCCUACUGAACCAGUCAGACUCGGCCCACCUGGCAGCCCAGCAGCAGUUCACACCAAACUUGGGUGGACACUCCAAGGCCCGCAUACUUCCAUGGGGCGGCUCUCUAACCCCGCCCUUUGUCUGUACACCUCUACCAGAGCCGAAGAAUUAUUUACACAUGGUGAGAGACUUUGGCAAGUGGAUAUUGUACCAUACAGAUCUGAGAAAUCUGUAACACGAUCAAAGCAAGACCAUCAGGCUAUAGCACUGCUCGAGAAUAAGACAGUUUUUACCAUGGUGGAUGGAGUUCUCAGGUACGCUACACCCCUCCUCCGUCAUGACCACAUGCCACUCCUGCAGGCGCCAAAGGAAUCUGUCAUGCCUUUGCUUCGAAGUACCGAGAGACGGCUCUUGAAAGAGAACAGUCGAGCAGAGGCAUAUAAGACUGAAAUGCAGAAACUAAAUGAUGCAGGUGCUGUAAAGGAGGUUUCUGAGGAGAAACCAUCAAAGGAGAGCUGGUACAUCCCCCACCAUCUCGUCACCCACAAUGGGAAGAAUCGCAUAGUUUUCAACUGCUCACACAAAUACCUUGGACAAUCUCUUAACCAGUUCCUACUACCUGGCCCAACACUUGGAGCUUCUUUGUUGGGAGUCUUAUUGAGAUUCCGAGAACGUCCAAUAGCUGUCAGUGGAGACAUUAAGGGAAUGUUUCAUCAGGUUCGUCUUAUACCUGAGGAUCGUCCCUUACUGAGAUUCCUGUGGCGAAGUCUGAAGGUAGAUGAGCCCCCAAAGACCUUCGAGUGGCAAGUCCUACCUUUUGGGACAACCUCUAGCCCAUGUUGCGCUACGUACGCUUUGCAGCGUAAUGUAACAGACCAUACUCAGCCAGGGGAAGACCUACGUGAUUCCAUUGAGAAAUGUUUUUAUGUUGACAACUGCUUACAGAGUGUUGGCUCAUCCGAAGAAGCAAAGUCCCUUGUGGAUAGGUUGAGGAGCAUCCUGGCAACUGGAGGUUUUGGGCUACGACAGCGGACAUGCCCUGACUGUCAACGUUGGAGGGGACAACCAUCUGUCCCAAAGAUGUCAGAUCUACCUCUUGCUCGGCUAAGAUUGUUUAAACCAGCCUUUUAUUCGACCGGGGUGGACUGUUUUGGGCCGAUGCAAGUUAAGAUAGGAAGAAGACAUGAGAAGAGAUGGGGAAUCAUUUUUAAAUGUAUGACCAUGAGGGCAGUGCAUCUAGAGCUCCUGAGUAGCCUAGACACUGAUGCAUUCCUCAUGGCUCUAAGGAGGUUCAUUGCCAGAAGAGGAACACCUGCUGAACUGUGGUCGGAUCAAGGAACCAACUUCAGAGGAGGAGAAAGAGAACUUAAAGAGGCUUUCUCAAACAUGGCCGAUGACCUGCGGCAACACCUUGCCAAGCGAAAGAUAAAAUUUCAGUUUAAUCCCCCAGGAUCCCCUCACUUUGGCGGUGUGUGGGAAAGAGAAAUACGCUCUGUGAAAUCAGCCCUCCGAGUUUGUGUGAGCUCUCAACCUAUCCAUGAAGAGGUCCUUCUCACCGUCCUUCUGGAGGUGGAAUCCAUCCUAAACUCUAAACCAUUAGGGUAUGUUUCCACAGAUAUCGCUGAUGUAGACCCAGUAACUUCCAACAGUCUCCUGAUGGGGCGGCCUGAUGGGUCAUUGCCUCAAGUAGUCUACCCGAAGUCUGAGAACCUCAGCCGUAGACGCUGGCAACACUCCCAGAUCCUGGCUGACCAGUUCUGGGUUAGGUUCAUCAAAGAGUACCUUCCUAACUUGCAGACAAGACUAAAAUGGCAAUCUUCUUCUCCUGAGCUCCUGAAGGAGACAGUUGUCAUGUUGGUGGACCCACAGAUGCCACGAGCUUUAUGGCCAGUUGGAUAUGUCGUUAAGACCCACCGUAGUGAAGAUGGCUGCAUAAGAUCUGCAGAUGUGUACAUCAAAGGACAUUUGUACACCAGACCGGUUGCUAGAAUGGUAGUUCUUCCAUUGCUACCUUCAGGAGAAGACCAACCAACAACCAAACAGACCCCAUCUAAUAAUUAACAUGUUUAUUAUGGCAAAUGUGUGAACACAUUUGGGGGCGGCUGUAUAAAAGGUUCAGAAUUUCAUAUAUUACCUUUAUUAAAUUUGUUGGUUUUAUUUUGGUGGGAAUUCAGGAAGUGACAUGCCUUUAUUUUGAAGAGCCUUUCACAGUGAGCUCACUUCCAGCGCUAGAACUUUCCCUUUUCUUUCCUUUUUUACCUGCGUGUGAGACAAGCAUUCCUUCUCCUGCAAGUCAUGUUGAUGUUGACAGCAUUAUGUUAAUGCAAGAAAACUGUUGUCAAUGCUGUUAAUGAUUACCAUCAACCAAGAUUAAAGAUUUGGAUCUACAGCAAAGGAUGCAUCUAGCCUCUACCUGUAUUCUAACAGAUACACCAUAUUGAUAGCCACCUCACCUGGAAAGAGCUAGCUUUAACCAAACCCUCCUUUACAGUCAUGUUUUUGACCUGCUCCAGACUGGUGCAUUUUAAUGCAGCAGCAACAGCAGAGACGGUAACACGUCCUCUCCUGUUAUUACUGUAGUAAAUAAUCAACAAACACGUGUCAUUUGCCUUAUAAAUACACCUCCGCACUAGCAGACUACAGCGACUAAAGUCGACCUGUGGUGACAUUUUGCUCAUUUUUUUAUUUAUUUAUUUAUUUUUUGUGCUCAUUUUCUAAAAGCUACAUCAACAUUACACCGAACAAGAAGAUGGCUCUGCCUUCACGAGCAUUAAUUGAACAUUUGGAAAGAUCAUUCCAAACGAUACCAGGUACAAUUGAUUAUUUAUCAUUAUUAAACUGACAGUAAUAUGGUCAAAGUAGGCACAGGCCCAGGAGCCCACAGCCACAAGGGGUCCCAGGUGAGCAGCAGUCUUUUUUUGUGUGUGUGUGUGCGCAGCAGUCUUAAUGUUGGAGAAACAAGUUGACAAGCAAU